AUGACCAUAGAUAGGACCUAUCCCAUUUUUACAGUACGAUGGUUGGCUGUUCACGGACUAGCGGUACCCACCGUUUCUUUUUUGGGAUCGAUAUCAGCAAUGCAGUUCAUCCAACGAUAA